AUGAAGUCGGCGAAACCGGUGGCGGCAGAUACGCCAUCGCAUCGAAGAUCACAGCCCGCUCGGCAGGCACGAACGAAUCCUCAACGAAGCUCCGCCAACGCUGAUCGAUCCGGAGACGGUCGAGGUCCCGUCAAUGGCCGUCCUUUGGGAUGCCAGCCUAUUGAGAUAUUCCCUGCGAUUACCCAUUUUGCCGACACAAUCUCUGCGCUUCCCAAGGAGCUUGUACGACACUUCACUCUGCUCAAGGAAGUCGACGCCAAGAUUUUUGCUCCCGAAGAACAGCUCUUUCAGCUGGUCGCCGCCAUCUCCAACUCAUCCUUUCCCGAAGCCAGAGCGAACAAUGACGCCGCAGGCACGGCGCAGCCAGCAUCAGCCCCCAUGAGCACGCAGAAUAGCUCCAGCGGGAUGGCCUUGAAUCCCGCUCGAGCGUCCUCGGCUCCGUCACUCGACGAGGCCAGUGCCGCGCCCACCAGCGUCUUCGACCCCUCCAACAUUCCACGCCGACAGCUCUUUCGACAGACUGCAUUCAAGAUUCAAGAGAUGCUAGUUUCGUUGGAAGAAAAGAACCAUGUGCUCUCCACCGCGAAUGAGGCCUUGCAACGACAACUUGCGCGAGCCGAAGAUGUGUGGCCCUAUUUGGAAAACGAAUUCAGUGACGAAGCGAAAUGGGGCAGCACUACACACUGGGCAUAUCCCGAGAAUCGAACUGGUAGCAAAGUAUCCCAUACCGAAAGGGCUCGUCGGGAUGGUGCCGCCGCAAUCUCGGCCGCCGCCCAGGCACUCGCUGAAGAGGCGGCUGCUAGAAGCGACGCCCGAAAGCAAGCUGUGCAGGCCAAGAAGGGUCUGAAGAACCAGCAGCAAGACUCUGACGCGGACGACCUAGAGGCCCGCCACAAGGAGCCGGCCAAGAAGACCACGGCCAAGUCUCGAAAAACUGUCACUGCUGAUCCAAACAGCACGGCAUCGGGUAUUCCAGCCCCGUCUACCAAUGGCAACCCCCCUCAAAAGAGAAGGAAGGUAGAAAAGACAGUCAAUGGAGCCAACACCGGUACUGGAGGCGCCAUGAGUACUGUGUUUGGUACAAAUGCUCCAAAACCCAAGACAGGCAGUCCCCGAGGGACUCCCGCGCCAGACGGGCCCAAGAAACGAAAAGCCUUGCCGACAGGCAGUGGACAAGCGAAGAAGAAGAACGGCCUGUCACCCUCAGUCACGUCCUCUCCCGUCAUGGGAACUUUCCCCGAUCCAAAAGCACCUGCUCGAGCAUCGCCGCCUCCCACCACCAGCGCGCCGCGUCCAGCAUCAUCCCGUGCCCGACAGAACUCAAUACAGUCCAAUGCGGAAAACGGAAAAGCUCGGCCCGCCCCCUCGGCUGCCAACAAACCCAGCGGCAACGGCCAAGGCACGCCCGAAAUGGCUUCAGUCGCGACAUUCCCUCGAGCUGUGCAAGAAGCAAAACCAGCCAAGGAAGAAAGUGCGCCCGUCAAGACGGAACCCGCCAAGAAAGAAAGCGAGCGACCCGAGACGUCCAGCAACUCUACACCUGCCACUGCGAAGAAGGAUGCAAAGCCAGACGAACCCGAUAGGAAAAGCGAAUCCGCCACUCCGCAAGCGACUCCCGCCACGGCAACUACAAAGACUGGCAGGGCAAGCAAACCGUCAACGCCAGCGCUGGCCACCUUUCAAGAAGCAGCUCGUUCACGCCCCUCGCGGAGCACAGAAACGGGCUCCAAAAAGAGCCACAAGAAGAGCGGACCCGUGACACAAGUAGCCCUCAUACAACAGGCGGCCGCGGCUGCGGACACGGAUGCCAGCAGCAGCAUGCAGGGAGACGACGAAGACGGCGACAUUGACGGCGACGAACCGACGUACUGUUACUGCAAUAGCGUCAGCUAUGGCGAGAUGGUGGCCUGCGAUGCAGACGACUGCAAGCGCGAGUGGUUCCACCUGGCUUGUGUAGGGCUCAAGGUUGCGCCGGGCUCAAGGAUCAUUUAUUUCUUUUUUCUAACGUGCGGCUCGGCAGCGAAAUGGUACUGCGAGGACUGCAAGGAGCGCUUGAAAAUGGGGGCCAAAAAGUCGGGCGGACGCUAG